AUGAAUGAUUUAAAAGAUACAAAGUCGGAAAUCUCGAUUACUAUUAAUAAAGCUACGGACAUUUACGUUCUAAAAAAAGAAGAUCUAAUAAAAUAUUGUAAAUCAAAAAAAUUAAAUUCAGCUGGUAGAUCAUCCGAUUUAAGAUCUAGACUUAGUAGGUACAUAAAAGGCAUUUUAAGCCCAGACGACGUAGAAAAUACUCUAAGCAACGAGGAACGUAUAAAAAUUAUAAAUAAAUCAAUAGCCGAAAAAAUUGAUCUUGGAACAAUAGAAAAAGAAAUAGGCCUACCCAAUUUAAGUCCUGAAACCUCUCAAAUAAAUACAGAACUCACAAAUAAACUCCUCCACACAACAUUAGAUAGCUUAGAAUUAUUUGACAAUUUAAACAAUAGUGUUAACCUAUAUUCAAAUAAAGCUCAGGAUAUAUUAAAUUCAACUGAAAUAAAUUUUUCCGAAUCUGAUAACUUAAUAAAUUUAGAUACUACCAAUAAUCUUGAAAAUACUACAGUCCCAUUUGAAGGGAAUAAACCCGAAGAAAAUAAUAAAAACUAUAUAUUAAAUCAACCAUCAUAUACACGCAACACACCAAACAUGUUUAACCAAGGCUCAGGGAAUAAAUAUAUGGUAAUAAAACCAGAUAGCUUUUCCGGACAAAGGGGAUAUUAA